AGUUUCAAAAGCGGUAUGAGAAAGGGUUAAAUUUUCUUCAACUUCAACGAGCGGUUUGUUCAUCUCGGGCCAAUGGUGAAGCUCAACUGGGCCACUUUUCAUCUGGCUGGAAAAGGCCAGAUUGGUUGGUGUUGAACAAGAGCAGCCAUAGAAAACUAUAAAGAGAGUAAUGUCUCUUGUUAAUCCUCCAUGCAAUUAUCAACCCCACCUUCAUGAUUCCUAUGGACAUAGUUAGUUCUGGUGAUAAGAUUACAUCCCUCAUUUCCAUAUGUAUCACAACCAGAAACCUCAAGAUUGGCACGGCCGUUCACUCUUAUCUCAUCAAAACAGCACUCACCAUUAUUCCCUUUUUCUCCAACCGUUUGAUAGAUAUGUACUCCAAGUGCAAUGAAAUCGAAAGUGCCCAGAAAGCUUUCGGUGACAUCCCUAUUAAGAACAAUCGUUCUUGGAAUACUUUGAUUACUGCUUACUCGCAAGUGGGUUUGUUCGAGAAAGCCCGCCAAUUAUUUGAUAAAAUCCCUGAACCAAAUAUUGUUGGCUAUAAUUCAUUGAUUUCAGGAUUGUUUCAUCAUGGGUUUUAUUCAGAAUCGAUAAAUGUCUUUAAAAGAAUGCAAAAGGAUUGUACUUGUUUAUGUUUAGACGAGUUUACGGUGGUAAGUGUAGUUGGUUCUUGUGCUUCUUUAGGUGUGUUAGGAUUGUUGCGUCAAGUGCAUGGAGCAGCAAUACUUAUUGGUUUGGAGUUAAACAGGAUAGUUUACAAUGCUUUGAUUGAUGCUUAUGGGAAAUGUGGUAAACCCGAAACAUCUUAUUGUAUAUUUACUCAAAUGCUUGAAAGGGAUGUCGUGUCAUGGACUUCAAUGGUUGGAGCAUAUGCUCGGGCGUCUAGUAUGGAUGAUGCUUUUCAGAUUUUCAUGGAAAUGCCAGUUAAGAACACAGUUUCUUGGACUAGUUUGAUAGCUGGUUUUGCACAAAAUGGGCACAGCUAUAAAGUUUUGGAACUUUUUGGACGAAUGCUUGAAGAGGGUAUCCAGCCUAAUGCUUUUACCUUUGUCACUGUUUUAAGUGCUUGUGCAGAUCUUGCUCUUAUUGAAAAAGGCAAACAGAUCCAUGGACACAUCAUUAGAAGAAGCAGUAGAAGUGAUUUUUUUAACAUAUACAUACUCAAUGCAUUAAUUGACAUGUAUUGCAAGUGUGGAGAGAUGAAAUCAUCCAAGACAUUGUUUGACAGGAUGCCAGAAAAGGAUAUUGUGUCUUGGAACUCAUUGAUAACAGGGCUUGCUCAAAAUGGGCAUGCAGAGGAAUCACUCCACACAUUUAGGAAGAUGAUAGAAGCAAACACAAUGCCCAAUCAUGUCACAUUUCUUGGGGUGUUAUUCGCUUGUAGUCACACAGGUUUAGUUCAUGAAGGACUCAAGAAUCUUGAUAUGAUGGAGAAGGAUUAUGGUGUAUACCCAAAAUCAGAGCACUAUUCAGUAUUGAUUGAUUUGUUAGGGAGGAAAAAUAGGCUGAAGGAGGCAAUGGAAUUAAUUGAGUCAGCACCUAAUGGAUCAGAUCAUGUUGGGAUGUGGGGCGCACUUUUGGGGGCUUGUCGGGUCCAUGGGAACUUGGAUCUUGCUAGGUGUGCAGCAGAAGUUUUGUUUGAGUUGGAACCAACAAAUGCUGCAAGAUAUACCAUGUUAUCAAAUAUUUAUGUUGCAGCUGAUAGAUGGAUUGAUGCCCAUAUAGUGAGAAGGGUCAUGGAGGAGAGAGGAUUGAGGAAAGAGGCAGCUCAAAGUUGGAUUGAGGUGGGAAAUUCAAUACAUGAAUUUGUGGCCAGAGCCAGGGUCCAUCAUCAGAUAGAGGAGAUAAAUGAAGUGAUUUCUCAGCUGGUCGGUCACAUGAAGGAAGCUGGAUAUCAACCCUGCACCUCGGAUUCUUAUUUUCUUGCUGAAGUUGGUGAUGUGUCUAUGCUUGAUCACUGCAACCAGAUUUUCUCUUUUAAUCCAGACUAUCAAAUGAGCAGCAAUUAUGAUAGGCAGGCAGAUGAAGAAUUCGAUUUCUGGGGUGGUGGUGAUGCUCGGUAUUAUGAGAAUUUCAGUGGUGAAAUGGAGUUUCGAGGGCAUUUCGAGGAAGAGUUGGAUGAUUAUUCAGUAGGGUUAUGGAAAAGAAGUACAUCAAGAUAUGUUAGAAAUGAAACCUCCCGUUUGCUCCCCCACAACCAUCGUUACAGUAAUAUUUCAUUGACCUCGCAAUCACAAGCCAUUGCAGAAGCUAGGAAGGAGCUCAUGGAGAGGAUUCAUGACAUGCCAGAGUCUAGUUACGAGCUCUCUUUGAAGGAUAUUGUUGAUGAGCAGCUCACUCUGAAUAAGGUGAAUAAGGAGAAUGCAACUGAAAGGACUAGUUUUCAUUUCAACACUGCUGAGACUCAAACCAAGAAACAGAGAAAGAGAAAACCAAAGAAUACUGAUAAGUCGGGGCAGAUUUCAAGGAGUAAAAGUAUGGAAAAAGAAAAUUUCAUGAUCAAGAUGUUCGUACCUACUUCUCUCUGUUGGAAGAAGAAAGUGAAAGGAGGAAAUGGUUCCAAAGUUUCUCCAAAGCCAUCGUUUCAGGGAUCUGAGAAUCAAGCAGAUAAGGAGUGGAGCAUAAAAAAGUUGAUGGCUGGAGGAGAUAGUAAAAGAAGCAAUAGAACUAACAGCAGCAGCACUAGCACAAGCACAGGCAGUAGAAACAGUAGCUUAAACCGGUACUUUAUUCUCUUAAAUUUCACCUUUUUUUUCGAAUUCUUUCAUUUUGUUUCUCCUGGUAAAGCAAUUGAUUAUAGAAUCCUGAUUCAUUGAAACUUGUUGAAUCAUUCGGCAGUUUCUCCCCGGGCUGCUGGCCUUUCUUCUGCACCAAGAAAAUAAAAAACAAGAGACAUAGAGGAUGCGUCUUCUGAUUGAGCACAAAGAUUGCUUUCAUGACAGCACCACCAGAAGCUUUGCACAGGAAAUGGCACAAGCAACAAAAAUUAACAAAAGGAUCAAUUUUGGUAGACGUGUGAUAAAUUUCCUCAGAAAAACUCCCGUGGAAACAGAAUUUUGAUGGCAUCCACCUUCCUAUGGAUGAAAACAGUUUUGUAGGCAGCAGCUAAAACCUCAUGAGCAGACAAUCUGUAUAAAUGCAUUGUUCUUUAAUAUCUCUCAUGUCGAUUGGGGAAACGAAGACAAACAUCCAGCUUUUUUA